AGUUGGAAAUAUUGAGGAAAAAGUGUUACAACUUUUAGUUUCAGUUAUCUUUCCCUUCUCUUCCAUUUCUCAAAGUCAAGUUACUCAUAACACAGUGAUGAUAGCUCAGUAAUCUAAAUGGCUGCUACGUCCUGUAACUUCACCCAAGCUUCUGGUUUCAACAAACUCCAAGAGCAACUUCAGCUGCAGAGCUACUUCAAAAGGUGCCAUCAAAGAUCAGCGUUUGGUGUUGAAAAAGUCUUCCAUAGGAGAUAUAGAGGGUGGUUGCAAGUUGAAAGAUGGCAUCGGUAUCAACAUGUGUCAUGUGCAAGAGUUGAGGAAUUAGCCCCUUCUGUCUUUGAAGAAAACGUUGGAGAGGAAACUGAGGAGGAUAUUUCGAAGGAAACCUUGAUUUGGAGAGCCAUCAAGUUGCCAAUUUACUCUGUUGCGUUUGUUCCUCUCACUGUAGGCAGUGCAGCAGCCUAUUUGCAGACAGGGAUAUUUUCAGCUAGAUGUUAUUUUGUUCUCCUGGCUUCUUCAGUUCUAGUAAUUACCUGGCUCAAUUUAAGCAAUGAUGUUUAUGAUUUUGACACUGGAGUUGACAAGAACAAAAAGGAAUCAGUAGUAAACCUGGUUGGUAGCCGUACAGGAACCUUCAUUGCUGCCUACUUGUGCCUUGCUCUUGGCUUCACCGGGCUGACUUGGACAGCUAUUGUCGAAAGAAACUUGCGUUCAAUAUUGUUUCUUGUUUGUGCAAUUAUUUGUGGUUAUAUUUAUCAGUGUCCACCAUUUCGGUUAAGCUACCAAGGCCUAGGAGAGCCCUUAUGCUUUGCAGCAUUUGGUCCUUUUGCCACUAGUGCUUUUUAUUUAUUACAUGGCAAUGCAAGUGCAAUGAACCAUUUCCCCUUAAGUGGAACAGUUCUUUCAGCAUCAAUUCUUGUUGGAUUCACAACAUCUCUUAUCUUGUUUUGCAGUCAUUUCCAUCAGGUGGAAGGGGACAAGGAGGUUGGCAAAAUGUCACCUUUGGUUAGGCUUGGCACUAAAAAAGGUGCUGAGGUAGUGAAAGGGGCAGUCUUGAUGCUAUAUGCUCUUUUGGUUGCUUUUGGUCUAAGCAAGGCACUUCCUCUCCCUUGUAUAUUCCUUUGUGCAUUGACCUUGCCGAUGGGAAAUCUGGUAGUUAGAUUUGUUGAAGACAAUCACAAGGACAAAAAUAAGAUUUUCAUGGCUAAGUACUUCUGUGUGAGGCUGCAUGCUUUGUUUGGAGUUGCAUUGGCUUUAGGACUGGUAGUGGCUAGAAUGCUUAGGACAACAUUUGCAUCAAGGCCAAUAUUGAGUUGAAGAUUGGCUUGUGGAAAGAGAAAGUAAUGUGCAAUUGUGCACUUAGGGGAGUGCUCAACAGCCAUAAGAUUUGGCUCAUGAACACAUUUUCUGAAGAGGGUUUUAAAACAAUUUCCAUUUUCUUCCCCUUUCCGGGGCCAAAUAAGCUUGAAGAAAACUGCAUGACACUGAUACCAAUCAAGAGUUGUGUGCACCAAGCUUAUCUCAUCAAUCUUAACAGGUCAGGAGAUGAUUCCACUGCAGGCGCCUCACUUUUAACUUUCACUGAUAACCCCUAUUUGAUAGCAGCAUAGCAAAAUUUGCUGCUAAGAAUUUUUGUUUGAAAUCAGACACAUGUUAAUUCUUUUAUAAUUGUCAUGAAACUUCACAAGUUACAACGGAAAUUUGAUUUAGUGGUUUACCA